AUGAAUGUUCAGAAUUUGAUGACUGUGGAUUCUAUUAAUAAACCGGAGGCUGACAAUGGAUUUAAUAUUUCAGAAGAUGUUGAAAUUCUUGAACAUUCCCUUCAGACGGUAAUAAAAUCGGCACUUGACGAACCUCUUGCUCAGCAAUCUUCCUCGGAUUUGACUGAUCUGGCUGUCACUGCUGACUCUUGUGAAACUACAAGAUCUGCUGGUGAUAUAUCUUUUUUUCAGCUAUCAUCUCCUGAUAUGGCUGUAUCACUUUCCUCUGUUCAUCGUCCUGAAAUUGGUUCUACAGAGCAUGCAAAAAAUUCUCUCCAAUCAACUUCCAAAUGUGUAAGUUCACAACUAAGAGCAGGACCGUCAAAAAGUAAUAGAAAGACGGGAAAUAAAGGAAAAAGAAAUACUCAAAAAAAUGAAUCCGAAGAAAACGAGUGCUUCGACGAAAACAAUGUCCAUGAAGGUGAUUGGGUAGUGGUAAAGUUUGUUUCCGAGAGAAAGAAAAUACAUCGUUAUGUGGGCCAAGUUAUCAAUGAGAGUCUUGCUGGCCUUAAUAUAAAAUUUGCCAGAAAAAUUAAUGACAGAAGAUUUAAAUGGCCAGAGAAACCCGAUAUAUGCGUGAUUGGAAAAUAUCAAGUGAUUAAAAAACUUCCACAACCUUAUUUCAAAUCCUCCUCUAAAAGGAUAGGAGCAUUCGAAUUUCCUAAGUCACUAAGAAAAUUGAACAUUGAUUAA